UUAGAAACUAUUUUUUAUUGAGGUUAAUCUGUGAUUGAAGAUGUUAUAUCUCUAAAAUUUGGGUUCCUUAAAUUAAUCUUAGAUGCCUUAUUACUUGAGGAAGUAAAUAAAUAGUAUACUCCCAAAGGAGUAUAAUAUCUUUUGAUAAGUCUUUUAAAGCCAAAGAAACCACAACGCAGGGCCAUUUAAUAAGGAAGGCUGCUAGAGAGUAAAGACAAAAGUGUGCUGGGGUGCUUUUUUUUUUUUAAAAUUACCAAAGAAAUUUAUAGUCUUCCGAGAAUAUAUCAUUCUUUUGCCCCCUCAUGUAAAACCACACUUAGGGUUAAUUUAAGAAACAGAAAUUUUGGGAUAUAGUCUCUUCAACCUAUAUAGAUUAAUCUAUUUGAAAAAAUUACAAAUUAUAUCCUCUACACAUUUGAAAAAAAUUAUUGUAUCGAGAUUAUUGCAUAUCCCUUCUUUAAUUUAACUGCAGUGCAUCUUAGGAGCGUGUGGGUUAUCCCCGGUCCGGUAUUGUUAUUGGCAAUUCAGAAAAAAUCUUCCUACAUAAAGAGCUCUAAAAUUUGAAGGCCACAGGAUGUCAUUUGGACCUCAACGCGUCCCUGUGAGGUCCCCACUUCUGAUCAGUAAACUGAACUUUGUUGCCCGCCCGCCUGCCCGCGGCAGAACAGAAGAUCCCGGCCCUCCAAGAACCAGAUACUGGCCAUGCACAGCCUAUCAUUGUGGUGAUCCCAUGCCAGGGCCAGGGCCACAUCAAACCCAUGAUGGGCCUUUGCUUGAGACUGGCGUCACAAGGCGCGCUCAUUAUAAUUGUGGUCACUGAAGAAUGGCUCGGUUUCAUGACUUCGGCUCAGGAGCCGCUGCCUAAUGUUCAGCUACGCUCUAUACCGAAUGUUAUUCCUUCUGAGCUGAGCCGAGCGGCUGAUUGGAGCGGAUUUGUCGAAGCCGUUUACUCGAUGAUGGACGAGCCAGUUGAUAGGCUUAUAGAUUCAAUUGAGCCCAUGGUUUCGGUGAUCCUUGCUGAUGUGUUCAUGCCGUGGGUUGCUGAUGUGGCCAAGAGGAGGGGCAUUCCGGUGACUUGGCUCUUUCCGAUGGCCACUACGGUGUUUUCGGUGUUUUAUCACUUCGAUAUCUUGCUUUCUAAGGGCCAUUUUCCGGCUAAUUCUUCAGCAAAUAAAGAAGAAUACGUCGACUACAUUCCUGGUGUCUCUCCGACUAGGAUAUUGGAACUUCCAAACGUGUUCAAGGGAGGGGAGCCCCCACGAAAUAGCUGAGUCUCUGAACGUCUUCCAUCAAGUCCAGAAUGCGAAAUCCAUCAUCGUUUCCUCGUUCUACGAGCUUGAAUCCUCAGAAAUCGAUGCCUUAAGUUCACUAGUUCCCCGACCAAUUUUCCAUGUUGGCCCUUUGAUGCCUUUCCCCCCACCCAAAGACCAUGAAUUCAAGACCAAUGCUAGACCUGAGCUCGAUUGCUCUUCAUGGCUAGACUUACAGCCUCGUGGCUUCACUCUCUAUGCUUCACUAGGCAGUGUAAUGUUGGUCCCUGCCAAACAAAUGGAGGAACUGGCACAUGGACUCAUUGAGAGCAAAACCAGGUUUAUCUGGGUGGCUCGUGAUCCUUCAACCAAUUUAAGGGAUAUAUGCACAGACAGGGGCUUAGUAGUGCCUUGGUGCUCUCAAUCUAAAGUUUUGAGGCAUCCCUCUGUGGGAGGUUUCCUUACCCAUUGUGGGUGGCUCUACAUUGGAAGGUGUAUCGACUGGUGUACCAAUGUUAACUUUCCCGACUAAUUUCGACCAACAGACAAAUAGUAAGCUGAUUGUAGAUGAUUGGAAGAGGGUUAGGUGUGGGCCAUUGGAUGAAAUGGCAGUGGUUGAUAGAAGAGAAUUUGCUAAUGUUGUGAGAAGGUUAAUGGAGGGAAAAGAGAGCAAGGAAAUGAGAAGCAGGAUUGAGGAGCUCAGGGAGGCUGGGGAGAAAGCACUUGAAGAAGGAGGGUCAUCAUAUUCCAACAUGAAUGAUUUUCUAAAGUCAUUAACUAGUUAAUGAUGUUUGAUUCUAGUUUACAUGGAAAGUUGUUUAUUGA